ACAGCCUGUCCCGGCGCACCGCGCGCCUCCGCCGCCGCCUCCCCUGCCGCCUGCUCUGCCGGGAGGACGACGAGGACGAGCUAGGUGCCUCCCAUUGGUCAAACCUAACCCGAAGCCAGAGGGCAAGGGAACCUGUGGAUGCAGUCCAUACAGCUGCAGCUAACUCGGGUCGGGAAAAUGCGACAGCGACUGCCCACUCGAGGUCGUCAUGGCGACAGCCAGUGAACGUGUUCCUCUCCCCGGGCAGGCCCCCGAGUGUAGAGGAGCUGCUUCGCGAAGCGCAGCUCAAUCUCCAGAGCCAGUUGCAAGAAGAAUAUGAGGAACAGUACUUGGAGGCCAGACUUCUGGGGCAGACCUUCCGCUCUGCUGAUGAGGCCCCUGAGCCCACCCCCAGGCCAAGGCCCCAGGCUGCCAGGCGUCUGGAGUUUGUAUUGAUGCCUACAAAACGGCAGCUGAGCGAAGAUGAGACUACUACGCAGGGGGUGAGGGCCCCCGAGGCCUCCCUGAGCCUGUCCACCGCUGCUGACAAGCAAGCUGCCUGGAAUAGCCCCUUCCCUCUUGCCGUCCUAGAGGAGAAGCGAUGGCUUCAGCCUUGCUCCACGCACUCUGACAUUGUGCCCAUCAACAUCUCUGGACAGCAGUUUGAUAAACAUGCAAGUUUGCGACACUCGUUGUUUAACACAGAGACAGCCGUGAACCCCAAGUCCACCCUGAGGAGGAGGCGGACCAUUAUUGGAUUCUCUAACUUUUCCCAGCGAGACUCAGGUCACAGCAACAGCCCAGCAGGCAGCGUGGCCUGCCCAGUCAUCUCAGACCUCAGGCCCAGUCACUCAGUUCCAGAAGGUGUUCAUGGGAGAGUUGCAGUUGGUCAGGAAGCUCGGUUCCCAAACCUCACCUCGCCAGCACUGAGAAAUCCUUCUCGUGACUCGGACGAGCCUCGGCAGGCACACAGUGGCACAAACUCUCCUGGCAUGGAAAGUGUGGGAAUGGUAUACAGCGUCCCCGGGUCUUGCAAUGGACCCACAGAAUCGACGUUCUCCACUUCCUGGAAGGGAGAUACUUUUACUUACAUGACUCCGAGUGCCACCAGCCAGAGCCAUCAGGCCAACGAACAUGGGAAAAAUCCUUCCUCUGGGAAUUCUUGGGCCUCUCUGCACACGCUGCCACCUCUGCUUCCGAAGGAGACGGGGACCCUCUUCGUCACUCGUGACAAUCCAGCAGGAUGCAGCGGGUUAACUAGCUAUAGUGAGCGCCCUCCUCUGCAAAGGCAAGUAUCGGAACGACCAUCCAAGACUGGCCUUCUGACCAGUGGUGCCUCGCGGCUGGAAACCGGCCCGGGUGGGGCCAGCAGGUUCCGGGAGCGGUCACUGUCUGUGCCCACAGACUCAGGCGCUGCAGAUGUGGAUUAUGAUGAGGAGCAGAAGGCCAGCGAGGCCUGCGCCCUGCCAUAUGCCAGUGCAAGCUCUGAGGGCAGUAACAGUGCUGACAACAUAGCCUCCCUUGGUGCCCCCCAGGAGGCCCGGCACAGAAGGCAGAGGUCCAAGAGUAUCUCACUCAAGAAGGCCAAAAAGAAGCCUUGCCCACCAACACGCAGUGUCUCGCUGGUCAAAGAUGAGCCAGGCCUCUUGCCAGGAGAUGGGGCAGCACUUGCCAAGGACCAGAGGCCCAGGAGCCUCUGCCUCUCCUUGGAACACCAGGGACACCACACACCCCACCCAGAUGCUCAGGGUCACCCAGCUGUGCCAACCUUUAAAGAUCCAGCAGUUACACAGUUCUCCCACCACUGGUAUCUCACAGACUGGAAGUCUGGUGACACCUACCAAUCCUUGUCCAGCUCUAGCACUGCCACUGGCACCACAGUCAUUGAAUGUGCCCAAGUUCAGGGCAGCUCAGAGUCCCUUGCCUCCCCUUCCACCUCCAGAGCCACCACACCUUCCCAGCUCUCCAUCGAGGUGGAAGCCAGGGAAGUAUCCUCCCCGGGAAGGCCCACUGGGCUGAUGUCACCAUCCAGUGGCUACUCCAGUCAGUCAGAGACACCAACACCCACUGUCUCCAUGUCUCUGACCCUGGGCCACUUGCUCCCUCUAAGCAGCAGUGUCCGGGUGCGUCCAGUGGUACCUGAGAGGAAGUCAUCGCUACCGCCGCCAUCACCAAUGGAAAAAAUCUCCAAGUCGCGGCUGUCAUUUGACCUACCGCUGACCUCCUCAACCAACCUGGAUCUGUCUGGGAUGAGCAUCUCCAUCCGAAGCAAAGCCAAGGUGAGCCGGCAUCACUCAGAGACAAAUUUUGGGGCCAAACUGGCCCAGAAAACUAACCCCAACCAACCAAUCAUGCCCAUGGUUACUCAGUCUGACCUGCGUUCUGUUCGCCUGAGGUCAGUCAGCAAGUCUGAGCAGGAGGAUGACAUCGAGAGCCCUGACUGUGCUGAGGAGCCUGGAGCAGAAGUCUUCACCCCACCUGAGAGAAAAAUGAAACCUCCCAUAGCUGAGAAGCCCCUGCUGGCCCGGCGUCCUCCAAGCUUGGUCCACAAGCCGCCAUCUGUCCCUGAAGAGCACCCACUGACUUCUCCUCCCUUGGCUAUGACCCCCAAGAGCUCAGUUCAACACAUGAAGCCAUUCCCUCCAGAUGUCUACACGGUGGUGGGGAAACCCAAGUCCCCAGGGGCACCUGAGGGCAGAAGCUCCGGGGAGUCAACGCCACCCUCAUCUCUCAUCUUCACACCUUUUGUCAGUUGCUCUAGUACUUUCUUCACAGGAUCUCAGGAGCCUCCCCAGGGAGGUUUGGAGGAUGAGGGCCCCAAGGGGAGAGCCCUGCCUGAAAGAAUUAAUCUCCAGAGCCAGGACGAAGCUGAGAAAAAAAAAGGAAAGAUUCCACCUCCCGUGCCAAAAAAGCCCAGUGUGCUAUACCUGCCUCUCACCUCAUCCCCAGCCCAAGUGGAGGCCUUUGUGGUUGAGCCAAGGCUGCCUCUCAGCCCCACUGUCACUCUGAAGGAUGAUGCCAAGUGUCCCCCCACUGGUGACCACCUGCUAUCCCCUGGUGCAAGGACCACAACUUCAACACUGCAGGCUGAUGGAGAAAGGGACGCGAGCCCUCUGGGAAAUUCUAUGGAACCCAGCACUGAAGAAAAAAGUUUAAUCAGUGAUAAGACAGCUGAAUGGAUUGCAGAAGAAGAUGAUGAUGUGUUUGUGGCUUCACGCACAACCGAAGAUUUAUUUACUGUGAUACACAGGUCCAAAAGAAAGCUGCUGGGCUGGAAGGAGCCCAGUGAGGCCUUUGGCAGUGGCAGACCGUGCUCCCACUCACCGAUAAGGAACAUGGCAGAUUCACCCAUCAGUGAGUCGGCUACCUGUGCAGGGUCAAGUGGCAAUGCCAACCUAGAUGCUGGCAGAAAUGAUGAUUUCAAGGCCUUGUUGCAGAAGAAGGGAAGCAAGACCACUCCAAGGUCCCGCCCCUCAGCAGCCGAACUGCUGAAGACCACUAACCCACUGGCUCGGAGAAUUAUUGCACAAUUUUCAAAAGACUAUGAAACCACCGAUAACCCCAGCACCUAAACCCCGCUGGGCUCAGCAAGCAGGGUUUACUCACUAAACUUGAGUAGAAAAUGGGGAAGAGAAUGGGUUUUUGAAAGGAACCAUGGAAAUAACACAAGAGGCUGCAUUUCUUUCACAUUAACUCUCACUCUGGACAGCAAAAGAGAGGCCACUUCAAGCAGAAUGAAAAUCAUCAGGCACCUCAACCAUCUUCAGGCAUUUUACAUUUUCAUACUUAACAAUCUUGCCAUUCCUGACCACCGAUUUUCUCCUGAUUCUCCUGAUUCUGCCCCCCCCCCACACACACACACUGCCAGUGGCAUGCACUAAGAAGAAAUUCUCUGAUGUGAGGGCACACAUGCAAACUUUUCAAUCAGUGGUCAGGCUGAUCCAUUCCUGACUCCUGUGGCUGAGGGGCUGGGUGUGAGAGAAGAUUGACGGCUGCCAAACCUGGGAGGGGGGUUAGGGUGCCAUUACUGAUUACUCACUUUCCCUACAGGGCCUUGAUGUCCCUGUGUGGAGAUACAAAAAGACUCUGAUGCCUCUUUGACCAUAAAGUAAGUCCCCCUUUGAGGGGUUUGCAGGUGUGCACUUAUUUCGGCAUGGCAUUGGAUGACUUUUGGUGAGCAAAAUAUGAAUGUGACUCUCUCCUCAACUUCAUGCCUUUUUAGUUUGAUGUCUACACGGAGAUCAGGGUGAUGAGUUUCAAUAAGCAUAUAGUCCCUCACCCCUCACCCUUGAGCUAGAAAAGAUCAGAAUGGGGUUGCUUUGGAUGAACCAAAUUCAGCCAACAAACGAGGCAGCCAUUUGUUUGCUCAGAUCUGUUCAAGGUAACUUGCACUUGCACCUUGAGAUCCUUCAAGUGUCUGUGAACCAUAGUAGCUACGAUCUGUGCCCAGCUCAUGCUGCAUUCUAAGAACCCUCAUUUUAUUUGCAUAUAACAUUCAUUACAGGAAGCAAUUAGCUGAAGAAACAGUAUCAUCAAAGUCUCAAGGAAGAAAAAGUAAGUGCAACUUGCCCACCGACAUUCAGUUCAGAUUGCGGUUUCUGGCUCAUUUGGUUUUGUCUAAAGGAAUUCUUAACCUGUCUGAAAUGUUUAGACUCAAAGGGUAGAUCCAAAAUCUAAAAACUGGCCUUGCAAGGCCCAUCACACAAAGGCCAAGCUUUGCUAUGGCCCAUCACACACACAAAAAAAGGGCUACUUUUGCCAUUUAGAUUCUGCUGUUUGACCAACUUUUAAUUAACCAUGCUGGGGAAGAAUGUAAGAACUGGGGUUAAUGGGAUGCUGACAGAGCCCCACAAUGAUCAUUGUGAACCCCUUCUCCCCAGAUCUUUGGGCACUAUUCUUGUCAAUUCAAUUUUCUAAGCAGAGAAAAAUUGAUUCGUUUGAUUUUCAUAUCCCUGGUUUCCAAGAGGUUGGGAGAAAAAAACAGACAAGGCAGUGAACAAAGAAAACUGGCUGACCAAUUACAGAGGGUAAUAAUCCACUGUUCCUCAAAGGGAAACAUGAAAUUGUGGCCUGUUUCACCAAGAGGGUUCCCCUAGCCCUUUCUCCUUCACUCCCACCGCUCCUCCUUCUGUUGGUCAACCUCCUGGAAGAUGCAGAAACUGCCCCAGAGAUGGACAGAUCUUGAUCCUGACAGAUCACAUCGCUCAUUGGGGAGAAGCGAACUCUCAGCUCAAUUGCCCUCAAGCACCAGACGGAGCAGCUGAGAAACCGCACAUGCAGAGAAGACUUGGGCCUCUCACGGAGAAGCCCUAGGCCUAGGCUUUUGAUUGGUACAGUUCUGAAUUCUGGACUUCUGAGUACGGGCCAACUACCUGGUGAUCAUUCCUUCUUGAUUUAGAAAGAAACCACUUAGAAUAAUAAACAGCUAGAGACAGCCCAGUAACUUUUGAAAGUAUUCGAAUGAUUAGUUUUAAAGGUCCUGACCAAAUUUCAGGGGGAUGGCCUGAAAUAAAAUAGAUUCAUUCCUGGUCUUCACUUAUAUACUAAUGCCACACUUGUCUGCCAAGACUCAGAACUCCAAAAGACAGAAACAUUUUCCUUUAUGGGAAAAUGAAGGAAUGUUCGUGCUCUUGCCUAACAAAAGUGAAAGACCGCCAGGGACUUCUCCUUGGGAAUCAUGAAUAGCUGAACUCUAAAGCUGAGGAUGAGACUCACAUAGUAUAGGACUUCUCACUUCUGUUGAUUUUUCUGGAAACUUCUCCUUUGCUAGUUCUAGUGGGUUUUGCCUCUCCUGUCACCUUGCUCCCUCUGGUGGUUUUCCCAAGAGUCCAAAGCUGAGUGUCCAGACAUUUUACAUUCUUGAGUCUUGCUUUUCUCUGCAGUACUCCAUAUGCCUGGAAUUUUAACAACACCUUCAACAUCGUCACUAUGCCCAGUGAUACUCCCAUUAGCACAAGAGGAUUUGGGGGAAGAGAUUGUAUGGUCAAAGAUAACACUGAGGCCUGAAAACAUUCUUUCAAUAUCUUGCCACCUAGUCCCAAACAACCAAACAAUAGCUACCAAUCACAGAGGAACAUAACACCGACUAUCUUUAGUUCCCCUAACACUCAACCUCUCUCCUACCCUUGAUUAACAUAAUACCAACUCUCUCCCACCCUUCUGUGGCCUUACUGUGCUGAGACUGGAGAAGAGAGAUUGACAGUCCCUCUCUAGAAGGUUUUCAGAGAACCUAUUAUGGCCAUUAUUACCAAUCUGAAUAAUAAUAAUGAUAAUUUUUGAAGGUGGAAUACAGAAGGGGUUCAAGAGGUCAGCUUCCAAUAUCAGUCGUUUCAUGCCUUUUUCCAGGACAGGAGGUUAAUGGUAGCCAAGAAUGCCUUGCUGGACAUUCAUUACAUAUUUGUGAUUCGAUGUUGAGGGUAAAGAGCUGGUCUUUCUCAGUAUAACAGGAAACUUUGCUGGUGUCUCUUCUCCUUUGUCUGCCUUAGUCUUUUGCCUGGGCCUCACACCUGGUCCCAACUCAUCCCUCCUUCCCAGCUCCCAUGAACUGUACCCUUACGUCCACCAUUCACCCUUUAAAGAGGCAAGACCACAGGCAGCAAAACAGCUCAUGUUAGCUUCAUGGCCACACAUCAACUGGUUGAUCUGGAGACAUUACCUUUAAUGUGCAAAGACAGAGGAGAUUCUCCAAGGUUCUUACAACAAACUUUUCACCUGACAUCUAUUUCCACUCCCUGAGCAACCCAGAUCAGAUCAUGAUCCCACUGUAGCUGUCGGUCUGGGCAGAUCUGUCCGUUCACCUGCCCGCUUCCUCUUAAAUGAACUAUUCCCUAAAAAGCAAGUUCAUGAUCAGUACUCUGUUCCCCUGGUGCAGCCUCCAUUGUUGCCAAGCCUGUAAGGCAAUGGUAAGCUUUCACUUGAAUAUGAUUUGCCAGGGCCAGGACUAGAGUGAGGUGAGUGAGUCACCUGGGGCACCAUAUUUAAGAAGGCACCAACUCUCAGGGCUGUGCAAGUGCCUUACCCUCGUCCCGGCCCUGCAAUUUGCACUCUAUAAAAUAAUAUCAGUUUAUCCUCUUCCUACGAACAAGUAUGGUUCUCACGCAGCGGU